UGUGUAGACUAAUGUGAUUUCAUUUAUUUUCAAUCACAACGAGGCAUUUUACCGAAUCUUUGUAGAAAGGAUUCAUUGUGAGACAGUUAUGAUAAAAGCCUGGGAUGAGGUUACUGCGGUUCUUUCUUCGAUAUCCUUAUUUUCUUAUCAAGCAAGACCCAAUGCAGGUUCUCGCGCAAGAGAUUUGUUUGCAAGUGAAAGGACUUUUCUAUCUUGGUUAAGAACUGGACUGGCUUCAAUAACUAUGGGGUUAGCCUUUGGAAAACUACUUGGAACUGUCAUCUCUAAAGUCGUUGGUGCUCUUCUCAUUUCGAUGGGAGCUUUUUUGAUUGUCUACAGUGGGCAACACUAUUAUUGGAAUAUAUACCACAUUGAACGUGGUGAGACGAUAUUCGACCGACUUCGAUCCUAUAUUUUCGUUGGAUUUCUUUCGCUUAUUGCCCUUUCUUGUUUUAUUUUGCUAUUUGUCAAUACCGAAGGUUUCCUCACGAGGUGAAAGAGUCCAGUCAUCCUGGAGGAUAAAUGAUAGAGCAUUUUGGCUUUUGUACUUUUCUGAAAAUUAUUAUUGUAAGUAGAACGUAUUGGAGUGCAUAGUUGAAGUACAAUGAGCUACAAUGGAUGAUUUCGGACAAGCUUGAGCCAGGGUUGGUUGGAUAGUUUACGAUAUUUGGAUUUCGUUUGCCACAUAUUUAUUAUAGUUGUUGUAUGGAUAGUAUUUCCAAUGAUAAGUUUCCAUAGUAUGUUAAGUGUAAAACUUGUCUCACAAGUGACAAUCAUUGAAACAUAAUUCAUCAACGUUUAUUGCUGUGGAUUCCACUUGACCUG